AUGUACACUUUGGCGCUUUCCUGCACUGGAGUUGUAAUGAUGUUCACCAUUCCGGCUGCUAACAACACGGCUCGUUACGGAGGAUACAUUCUGACGAUGCAAUUCCCCAUCUGUAUUUUGUUCGUUAUCACCUUCAUGACCGCUGGAGUUGGUGGUUCUACAAAGAAACUGGCUUUCGGUGCGGCAUACCAGCUUGGAUAUACCGUUGGCAACAUCAUUGGGCCGCAAACAUACAGGCAGUCGGAUGCACCGGACUACAAUAUUGCCAAAUACACAAUGUUGUCGUUUCUAGUCUUUUGUUUCAUUCUUCUUGGAGUUAUGGGUUGCAUCCAUGUAUACUGGAAUAAGCAAAGGGACCGACAAGAUGCCCUGGAUACACAGAAUGGCAUUGUGCAUGAACACGUUGAGAAUGAGGAGUUCGCAGAUUUGACAGACUUUCAAAUCAAGUCUCUGCGGUAUCCAGUCUAG